AUGGCAGCCGUUCACGUCGACGUUCAGGCGCCCCAGGCUGAGUUCACUCAGCUGCGCACGCCCGAUGUGGCGGCCAAGUGCUACUGGACCACCUCCAUUUUCGAAGGAAGUCCCCUCACCUUCCGCGUUGUCGACGACGCGGAGAUGACGCCGGUGGAUGGCACCGUGUACCUGAACGCGCGUCUGCAGGAGAUGCACAAGCAGCUGCAAAACGCGUGCGUCCACCGCGCCGCCGAGCUAGCCUACCGCUCUCUCUUUGUAGAAAUUAGUCUUCUCGACGAUCCACUGGCGGUGCCGGGUGCUGCGGACUGCGCCGUGGAUCUUUGGCUGCCGCUGCACGUGGCGCUCAUGACAGGCAACAAGUCAGCCGUGCAGACUCUCCUGCAAUUCCACGUAGAGCACGCCGUGGACGCCAUGACCUGCUUCGCCAACACACCGAGUAAGGUGCGUACCGAAAAGGAGAUGGAGGGCACUGCGACGUCGGAGGACUCGCCGGUGCAGCUCAGAAUUGGGCUGGAUGUCGGGGAGGCGGAGGCAGACAACGUGCGCGGCAGCGUCGGUGAGGCAGCAUCAGCAGCAGCAGCGGCAGCACCAACAGCCCUCACCGGCUUCACUUUAGGUGACCCAAUUCUGGAGUGUCAGGUCCGUCGGGAGUUGGGAGGAGCGGUUGUCCUUCUUGGCCACUUCGACGGCCGCAUUCGCUACUCCUCCUCGGCGGCGGUGCGCAAGAGUCGGGCGCCGAGCCCGGUGCGGUCCGCCGGUGACAACAGUGCCUCCUCCGUCCCCACGCCCGUCAACGGCAUCAACAAUAACGACGCCAACGUCAACUCCGCUGCGCCGCCGGUGCUGCUGGGACCCGCCGAGGACCUGCUCGUGCAGAGCGUAAUGGAGUACAACGAGGAACUCUUAAAAGAGGAGAACUCCUUAUUCGAGGAACGCGGGGAGGAGUACUGUUUGAUGAACGUGCUGACGGCGCUGCGUCCGCUUCUGCAGAGUGUGGUGCUGGAGAUCGAGCGGCGGUGGCAAGGGGCGCUUCCAAGGAGCAAGAAGACACCACUUCCUUUCCCUGCGGAUGUCGCGGAGCCCGCCGUCGACCUCCUGCGUGACUUCUGCGUGAGUCUGAGUGGGCUGCCGCAGCACCCACCGCUGCUCGUCGACAACAACCUACUCUUCGACCUCUGCCACCACGGCGACCUGACGCUCCUCUCAAAGGUACUGGACGUGUUUGAGGGGGCCCUCGCCCCGGUCCUGCGCGGUCAGGCCCUCCUUACCGACCGCCAUAACGGCGGCAGCGGCAACAGCACUGCAGGGGGGAUGCCCACCACCCCGAAGUUGCACGUCGCCGCCUCCGCCAGCCGCGAUCCCUCGCCGCACCUGUCGAGCUUCAGCGCCGCCCCGGGCUCCCUCCUCGCCGCGAGCUGCAUCAGCACCAAUUCCACCGCUGCCCACCGCCCCCUCGCCCAAGUCCGCAGCAGCCACAGCGUCACCGGCACCCCGCGGGGCGGCAGCAUCGGCCACCACCUGUGCCACCCACCGACCCCCACCUCAUUCUGGUGGAGCUGCCGGCCGCAGCAGGUACAUCAGCUCGCGUUUACGGCUCUGUGGAUCGGGUGCCGCGAGUCGGUGGAGGAGAGCAGCGGCAGCGGCCGCCGCCGUCGCGCCGUCUCCAUCUCGACAGAGAACCGCGUGAUGAUGGCGACGGUCCGGCAGCUGGUGGAAUCGCGAGUGGCGGCGCAGAAGCUGAGCUCGAUGAUCUGGUCUGGACACCUCGUCACCAUCGCGAAGCUGCUGUCGCGGGACUGCACGCUGGAGGACUUUAUAGACUUUGUGGAGGAGGGUGGAUACUUCAACUUUGCUGCCUCGAGCGGCUUCAGCGGGCCUUUUUUGUCGGUGCUCGUGUCUGGUGUGAUGGUGGCGGCCGCGGUGCGCGAUGCGGCGACGGUGCGGGUGCUGCGCCACAAGGUGGAGACGCUGUUGGCGGACGUCCCGGGUCGGUCCUCGCCGCUGCGCUCCUACGUGAUGGGCAAAGCGCUCACACACACGGAGCGCUUCUCAGAGCUGUGGCUGGACGCCGGCAGCAACCGCGGCGACGACGGCGGCGGUACUUCUCCGGCGGAUGGGACAUCGAUGCGUGCGAGUCGUCUGCCGCACAAAUUUCGUACGCGGGUGGAGCUGCUGUACUACGCGGUGGUGGAGCAGGUGCUGGAGGCGGCCGAGGAGGCGUGGACGCAGGAGCCGGAGGACGGGCCAGCCGGCGCCGCCCCCACCUCCCUCUGGGUCUCCGGCUCUACGAAAGAGGAGGCCCAGGCCGCCCUGCAGAACUGGCUGCUCAUGUGGACGAACUUCUUCACGGGCCUGCGUGACCGCCCGGACCACCGACGCAGCCCCAGCUUCAGCAGCACUUCCUCGCAGGUCUCGAGGGGGGAGCAGCAGCAGCAGAGCAACAACAGCAGUACGGACGGCCCCUUUAGCAAGGAGAAGAAGAACAAGCCACGUCCGCAGCCCCCCGCCGCACCGUCGAUCCACGACGUGAUGACCACCACUGCAGACGACGUCCUCGGCGAUGACACGAACGAAGUCGUCGAGACGGUUCGCCGGAUGUGUCGCGCACUGAUCAGCCGACUCGAGACGGGCAACGCCCCGCUGCCGGCGCUGCACCGUGCCCUCUACCCGAACGGCGUGAACGACGCGGACGGCGGCGCGUCGGGCUCGGCCACCCCUGCCCAGGUGGACAAGGCCCUCCCGAUGUCCUCCAUCGAUCAGGACUUUACCUCCGCCACGCGUGCGUUUGGCGACAUGGCGGCCAAGGAGAGUCAAGAGGUGCAGCUGAAGUUUUACGGGCUCUACAAGCAGGCAACGAAGGGCGACGUGGACGUUAGCCGGCCCGGUUUCUUUGACUACGCUGGACGGGCGAAGUGGGACGCGUGGUCGAAGCUGAAGGGCAUGAGUCUGCUCGAUGCGAAGCGAGCUUACGUGAAUGAGUACAAGAUGAUGAUCGACCUGCGGAAGUCGAACAAAUAA